AUGAUCUCCGAUGACGACUUUUCUCCACCCACCUCCCCCUCUCUAUUAACGUCCGGGGACUACAUUGGCAUGCAGUCCUGCGUCGACGUUCUGACUGACGAAGAAUUGGGUUUCGGUCGCCUCCGUCAUAAACCUAACCGUUUUAGCAAGAGAGAGGAAAGAUCGUUAAGGUGGGCACCCAAGAAGAUGAAGAUGAAAGACUAUAUGGAGGUUCCACCUCCCAUCCCGUCGCUGGCGAGAACGGAGAAUCUUCCUUCUCACAUGCCUUGGAUUUUGAAGAGGCAUUACACGACCGACGGACGGUUGAUUCUGAUUGAGGAGAAGGUGAGGCACCAUGAGUACUUUAGGGCACACAGAUCCAACGGCCGUCUUAGGCUGCAGCUUGUCCCGCUUGACGACGACGUUUUAGUUCCACCAGUUGCUUGUGAUGGUGAUGAUGAUGAUGAUGAUGAUGAAUACUGUAGUGAGUAUGAUGACAAUAUAGAUGCUUAUGAUGAUUAUGACGAUGAAGACGAUGAUGAUGCUUAUGGCUAUGAUUAUGAUGGCCAUGGUGAUGAUGAUGAUGAUGAUGUUGAAGAAACAAUUAGUAUCGUUAAUACAUCAAAUGGUUCAGCAGGGAAAUGUUUGAAUAUCAACAGUGUGGGAACAAGGCCACCGUCUAUCUUGGAUGUACCAGUUCCAGCGAUCAGAUUGAUUAAGGCUACUACAAAUGGACCAAGAAAAGGUUUUCUGGGGCAAGCUGGCUUUGGUGGUCUCUUUCGCAACCAUGCCGGUCGUGCUGUCAGUGCUGUUUGUGAGCCAAUCGGUAUCCCCGCUGCGCAUGUGACUAAACUUGCAGUCCUCAUGUUCGCUAUAAUCACAGCUUGGGAGAAGGGCUGGUUUCGUUAUGGUUGGAAACAGAUUCUCAGUUGGUCAUACAUUUUUUCCCUAAACCCCUUUCUGCUCCUUGGUCUUUGUGUCCUCAGCGGAGACAUUGUCUUCAUCGAAGAAUAA